UUGUUAGAUUGAGGAAAAUGACAAAAUUGCGAGAUCGUGAUUCAAAACUUAGUUAAUAAUAAUUAUUAUUAUGUACUUUUUAAUUAUUUUUGUUUAGUAAAUGUGUACUUUGUUGUAAUAAUUUGGAAUUCCAUAUACUACUCAUUAUCUAAUGAAUAGUAAUAUUAAUUAAUAUUCGGUUAUAGUUAAUAAUUAUUUUCUUUUGCUAAAUUGAUGUUAAUGUAUUAAGUGUAUUCACAUGCGUAACGAUUUGCUUAGAGUAUCAGAUGAAAGUGACUUUCCGUGUAGGUAUUUUUUGUGAAAAAUUCCAUAGUAAUCAACGAAUAUGUGCACGGAGCCAGUGAGAUCAUUUUUUAGCCAGUGGCGACUUUGGAUCAGGCCUUUCUUUAUUGCGACAUAUAUAGUAUUGGUAAUUGUAUUAGUGCCAACACUAAUUGUACAUGCUAUAGAAAAUGGAUUUACAAAAUCUGAUCAAGGAACGUUGGUUGCUGGGGGCUUCGUACUCUUGGCUGUGCCAAUAUCAAUUUGGCAAAUUACACAACACAUAGUACACUACACUAAACCAUCAUUACAAAAACAUAUUAUUCGCAUAUUAUGGAUGGUACCAAUUUAUGCCUUAAAUGCUUGGCUUGGCUUAGAAUUUCCUGAGCAGUCCAUAUAUAUGGACUCCCUAAGAGAGUGUUAUGAAGCAUAUGUUAUAUAUAAUUUCAUGAAGUAUUUACUUAAUUACCUCAAUGAUGGUAAUGAUUUAGAAGAAUUAUUAGAGUUAAAGCCUCAAGUGUAUCAUAUAUUCCCUUUGUGUUGUUUGGCUCCUUGGCAAAUGGGACGUGAAUUUAUUCAUAACUGCAAGCAUGGGAUUUUGCAGUACACACUUGUGAGGCCUCUGACAACAGUCAUCUCAAUGAUAUGUGAACUUUGUGGUGUCUACGGAGAAAGUGACUUCAGUGCAAAUGUUGCUUUCCCUUACAUGGUAGCAAUUAAUAACUUGUCACAAUUUGUGGCUAUGUAUUGUUUAGUAUUAUUUUACAGAGCAAAUAGGACAGAGUUAAAACCAAUGAAGCCUAUUGGAAAAUUUCUAUGCAUCAAAGCUGUAGUUUUCUUCUCAUUCUUCCAAGGUGUUAUUAUAAAUAUUUUGGUAUACUGUGGUGUGAUAUCAACAAUAUUUGAUAUUUCUGAUAAGGACAAGAUAAAGAUCAUGUCUUCCAAACUACAGGACUUCCUGAUUUGCAUAGAGAUGUUCAUAGCAGCGAUAGCCCAUCACUACAGUUUCUCGUACAAGCCUUAUAUAUCGCCACUCGAUCCAUCCCCAUCAUGUUUGGGCUCGUUCCUCGCGAUGUGGGAUGUGUCAGAUGUCAAACGGGACAUUUCUGAGCAUCUUGGUGUUGUGGGAAGCUCAUUUAGCAGACGAUUACGAGGUAAAUCAAUGUAUCACAUGACCAAAGGUUAUGAUGAGAGCUCAAGGCUUUUCAGCGAACAAGUUACAUCCAGCUCUGUGCCAGAUUUGACAGUUGAAGCCACAGAACCACCGUCGGUGGACGUACGACCUUCUGUAUAUGGAUCUCUCGAUUACACUAUGGCAACGGGUUCAAUGAACUCUGAAACUGACCCCUUACUUGAUAUGUCCGAAGAUAAAUCUGAUCCGACAGUGUAAUUAACGAACUAAUACGAAUUUUAUGUUAGCAAAUGCAAUUUGAAAAACCUUACGCCAAUUUUUUAAAAUAUUAAAUAAAAUGUAUGAAAUAACGGUAUUAUAUGAUGGGUCAAUGUCAUGACCACUUGCAAGCGUGUGUAUAUCACUUUGCUAGUUUGACUAGACUCUGUUUGGGGGGGGAUUCCCACAGUAAAAGUAAUGGAGGUGUGCGCUAUGUACUAUGUAUGUUCAUAAUAUACUAUUAAAGUUAUUAAUGUCCUGUCAAAGUUUGGAU